GUCUUGCUUUCAAUGACACCUCUGUCUGUUAAAACUAAUAUAUAUAUAUAAUUGUAAAGCUACAGCUGCAGCUUUAGUUAGUUUAAUAGGCUUAGUAUCGCUGCAGAGUGUGUGUGUGAGUGUGUGUGUGUGUGUGUGACUAUGGCGGCAGUUGACAGCUUUAAUUUACUGUACAGGGAAAUGUCUCGGUCGUGCUCGUCUUAUUUUGAGACUCUGGCCCUGAUCGGUGCUGUGUACACGGCCACUAAAGCUGUGGUGCUGCUGAGAAACUGCUGCAACCUGGUCAGGGUCCACUUUCUGCCCAGAAUCAUCCCGAACAGGAAGCUGAAGCAGAGAUACGGAGACUGGGCUGUCAUUUAUGGAGCCUCAGAGUCUGUGGCCCUGGCGUACGCAGAGGAGCUGGCCAAGCACAGCAUCAGCAUCGUCUUCAUCACUCACGACCGCUCGUCUGUCAGCGACACCGCCGCGUGGCUCUCCCAGAGCUACGGCGUGGAGACCGCCAUCGUCCUCGCCGACUUCUCCGCGGACCAGGCUGCGAGUAAACCCGUGAAGGACGCCCUGAGGGGGAAGGACGUCGGUUUCCUGGUGAACUGCGUGGACGAGUCUCUGACGUCGCCUCAGAGUCUGAUCGAGACGCCCGAGCAGGGCCUGCUGGACUCGGUGAACAAGAACGUCGCGGGGGCUACUCUGAUGGUGCGCUUGGUGCUGCCGGGGAUGGUGGAGCGCAGCAGAGGCGCCGUGGUCAACAUAUCGUCGGGUGCCUGCUGCAGGCCUCUGCCCGGACGGGCAGCACUCGCCGCUUACACCGGUUACCUGGAUAACUUCUCGAGAGCUCUUCACCUUGAGUACAGCAGCAGAGGCAUCUUCAUUCAAAGUCUGGUUCCUUUCCAGAUCGCCUCGUCGAGGCGACAGUCGUCUUCGUCAUCCUCGUCCUCAGGAGAAGGUUGGCUCGUGCCAAAACCAGACGUUUACGCGAGUCACGCCGUCUCCACGCUGGGCGUCUCUAACAGAACCACCGGCUACUGGCCUCACACGCUGCAGUGUGGACUGAUGAGGUGCGUUCCUGAGUGGAUGUGGGUCCUCGGAUGUCGCGCGCUCGUCACUUCCCGCUAGGAGCUCUCACUGCACUCUUCUCAAAGACUUAAAACCUGGUCACUGGAUCUUUUUCUGUUACUGAAGUCACGUGUCAUGCUUUACCGUAGAUUAUGCUUGGAUUAGUGAAGACUAGCUCUGUUCAGGGUCUUUGUGACAAUGUUUAUUUAAAGUGUGUUGUGGUUUUUGGAAAUAUUGAGUAGAAUAUACACAUAUAUGUCCUUUAAUUUUGGACCGUGGUGUGAAAAAAUGUCUACAUUUACCAAAUAAACAGACACUAAUCAAUAACCAGGAAAAUACUUGGUACCAUUUCGAGCUCAUUUACGUAGGGUCAAGACGCCAAGAUUUCAGCUUAGACGUGUUUAGUACAAAUUGGCGACAAACGCGCUCGGACGAGUUCGCUCGUUUACGUAUCUUUUUUGUUCAUCUUGGUCUACAACGUCUUCCCACCAAGUUUCAGGAAAUUUGGUUGAAUAUUUUCUUUCAUUGUCUGCUGCUGCUACUUUUUGUUUUGAAGCUGGUUUAAUUGUCUCUGCUUUAAUCUGGGAUUUACAUAACUCUACAGCGUUAUCUUGUUAACUACCGCUGUCUGAUAAUGUUGCAGGCGACAACACUGUUGUGUUUUUUUUUUGCGAGUAUCUACUCCCUCUAACUUCAAGUAUCGAUUACUAUCCCACUAUCAACCUUUUCCUCCCUGCUCAUAACAUCAUAAUCUGACUUGGUCUGACAUGGAUAAGAGUUAAUUAUUGUCAAAUAUCUAACAAAAACAUGCACAUUAAAGCACUCCUACACUGUAAAGUAUUGUUUUUUACAGAAGAUCUCACCUCAAAUGUGACAAAAAAGACAAAUUAUGACAAUUAGAGAUGCAUGAUAUUGGACUUUUUGCCUAUAUUUCGGCCAAUAACUGAAACCGAUGUAAGAUAAUAGUCAAGGAGGUACAGUAGCAGCUUAAUGGGAGCUAUUUGGAGAGUUUGCUGUUAUUUGAUAGAACAUGUUAAAGCCAAUAUCGCCUGAUAAAUGAUAACGUGCUGAUAAUAUUGUGCAGCCCUAGUGAAAAUUAGAUAUUUUGGCAGUAAAUUCAAACUUCUCUCUAUUACAUAGGUUGAUAGUUUGAGUCCUGGAUGAUCUUAAAUGCAUUUAAAUCAGCUCUGACUUUCACUCGGAUGCAUCUGGUGUCAUUUAAAGAGUUCUUAUGCUCAAAUAUUCUCAAUUUAAUCCUAUUUUUGUGCCAAAAGAAACAUACUCAAGACAAUUUGUCUUAAAAAAGGCAAAUUUUCAACAUAAAACUUGCGACUACGACCAAAAUAAACGACAAAACAUAUGAUAUUCUUGUAAUAUAAAUGCGUAUUCAGCUUUAUUUGCUUCCCUGGUGUGAAGAAGACUUUGGUGUUCAGAUAAAAAUCAGCGUGUGCUCGUAGGAUAUUAUCGCAUUCUUUGAGUAAAAAAAGCACAUAGUGGUUUUGAAUGAGUGACAGUUUUUGUGUAAACACAGUGUCUUUGCUCAGGGUUCGAGGAAACGAAUCAUCUCCAGGAGAGAGUUUAAAAUGCAAUAAAAGGGUGAAUAAAAUUGUGUA